AUGCAUGAUACCCACGCGAGACCGCCUGACUCUUUGAGAAAUCUUUUCAAGGCCUGGCGAAAGUGUCCGGCUGACUCCUUGGAUUCUGUGCCAGGAUUAAUUGAUACUUGGGAGCCAGAUGAGCGCAGGGUCACCGUCCUGCCCGAAUGGACGGCCCCAAAGGUUGCAAUAGAAGAUCUGGAGCAGGACUUUACUUCUUCUCUCAACAGAGCGCAAGAACCUGAGAUACCACCGAUCGACUGGACAUCCUUACCUCCCUUCGAAAUAAAAGAAUUGCCUGGUCUUUAUGUCUUUCCGCGUCUGCUAAGUCCUCGCCUUCAACUAUCGUUGUUAGACAAACUGCUACAUCGUGAUCUUGCCACUCCUCUACACCGGACCAAUCUCCAUCUCCAUUAUGACAUUCCCUAUCCUACAAGGAGCGACAAAGAUGGGGAUCAAGACGAGUCAAACAUGUCCUUCUUCAGUGGGGAACGACACUCCAGUCUUCAGCCGAAAGAUCCUACGGUUCACACACCGAUCGAUUAUGCUCAGAUGCUCGAGGGCAAACUACGCUGGUUAACACUCGGCGGCCAGUACGACUGGACCAACAAAGUCUAUCCCGAGGAAGCCCCUCCAGCCUUUCCCUCAGAUAUAGCAACCCUGCUAAAAAAGCUCUUUCCGGACAUCAAUGCUCAGGCCGCUAUUGUAAAUCUUUACAGGCCUGGCGACACUCUCAGCGUGCAUCGGGACGUCAGCGAAGAAUGCGACCAAAGCCUUAUUAGUAUCAGUAUUGGUUGUGAUGGCGUUUUCAUCGCUGGGAAUGACGACGGUAGCCAGCAGGCCUCGCUGAGGCUACGAUCCGGAGACGCUAUUCUGAUGUCGGGGAAGUCGAGAUACGCCUGGCACGCGGUUCCGAAAAUCGUGCCAGAUACGUGUCCCGCAUGGCUGAGAGAUUGGCCCGACAUCCCCAGUGGAGGCAAAUACCGGGAUUGGAGGGGAUGGAUGACCAAUAAGCGGAUCAAUCUCAACGUGCGCCAGAUGAGAGACGAUUGA